AUGCAAAUUUUCGUCAAGACCUUGACCGGCAAGACCAUCACCUUGGAGGUGGAGUCUUCGGACACCAUCGACAACGUGAAGUCGAAGAUCCAAGACAAGGAAGGUAUUCCUCCUGACCAACAAAGAUUGAUCUUUGCUGGUAAGCAGUUGGAAGACGGCCGUACCUUGUCCGACUACAACAUCCAAAAGGAAUCGACCCUCCACUUGGUCCUCAGAUUGAGAGGUGGUGGUAAGAAGAGAAAGAAGAAGGUCUACACCACCCCCAAGAAGAUCAAGCACAAGCACAGAAAGCACAAGUUGGCUGUGUUGACCUACUACAAGGUCGACGGUGAAGGCAAGGUCGAAAGACUCAAGAGAGAAUGUCCUGCCCCCACCUGCGGUGCCGGUAUCUUCAUGGCCAACAUGAAGGACAGACAAUACUGCGGUAAGUGUCACUUGACCUUGAAGGCUAACUAA